AGCUCUUCUCCUCUUCACAACCCACACCACACCCAACUCAACCCGCUGCCUUGACAACUCGUUUUCGCACACAAACAACUCUUCGCCUGGUCGCAAUAACAGUCGCAAAUCGAUUUGACAAUUGCUACACAUUUUACAACAAAACCUGCAACUUGAAACAACGUCGCAAUUACCGUACUCUGCGCGCGCGCAUCGCCACUGGCCGACCGGGACCCCGACUGCGCUGUCGUCGCAACUACUCAGUUGCGACAAUACCCUUUUCAACAACCCACCACGUUUGCGCACGUUGUCACUAUUGGAGUUGAUUGAACAAUCAAAAUGCUAAUGUCAUCUGCGCUCUCAUGCGAUACGUCGCAACCACCUAUGACUCGACUGCAGGCGUCGCUCUUCGCUUCACCCCCGGCUAGUCCUCCACUGUCGACGCAGAGCACUAUCGGCAACAUCUUCACAACAUGCCGCGCACUGCAAUCAAUACUCACAACACCCGCGACAAACAGCGACCGCAAUACAACCCAAUUACUCUCUCCUCCGAUGGCCAAUACAACUUUGUCACCACUGAAACUCCGUCUGCGAUCGCGCAAGACUGACACAAAUGGAGACUUCAUGGCCCCCAAGAGGAUUGUGAAGCGAUCUGCCCCGGCGCCUCGCGGCCUCAAAAAGAGGCGGAGAGGAGUUGAAGACGAUAUAGGUCGUGACGAUGAUGUCGAGAGCGACCUCGACAUUGAGAAUAACGACAGUUGCGAGGAAGACAAAGAGGCUAUUUGCGCCAGACCAUCAACACCAAAACGCGCACGAAUUGCGCCAGAACAAAUACCACUCGGCCUCGAGCGAUCAGACUUCCACAAUCUACACACCAGUGCGGAAAACGAAAGCAAAGCAGAAGGCACAGGAGUCGAGGUCGAGGCGGAUGGAGAGACAUGGAGCACAGAGGACGACCGCAUACUUGUCGAGCUUGUUCUGGAAAAGCUCAAACUAUCCAAGACAGACUGGCAAGAAUGUGCGCGGAGUUUAGGAAAGGAUAGGAGCAGUAUCGGAAGGAGAUGGAAAAGUCUCAUGGUCAAUGGAGAUGUCGGCCUCAAGACGAGGAGUCGACGCUCCAAGAUCCACGGAACCUGGCGAUGAGGGCUUGGUGUAUUCCUUUGUUUUGCGCUUUACCUUUCGUUGCCGAUUUGAAGGCCUGUCGUAUAUUUACACAUUAGGGAAGGAUUGUCAGUUGAAGCUACACUUUGGGACUGGAUUUUGGGUAAGGUAUGUUAAAAGUAUCUAGAGGGUUAACGGGCCAAUGCGUAGAUAUUUUAGCUGUUGACAUAGAUGCUCAGCUCAACAAUCCCAAUUGUAAACUUAUCACUAUGUACAGUGUAGAUGGGUGGCACAGGUCCCAACUUCGUGUGUUC